AUGACAGGAAAGCUUGAUACUAAGGGUCGAAAGCUAUCGGAGGACUCUUUCUCAUACAAACUGGGAAUGUUAUGCUUGAAGUCAAUGAGUAGGCUCGUCAUAGCUGCACCUCAUUUUAACUAUGCUACUAAUAUACUGUCCUCACUUAUUCGUCUAUCGCUAUGUAGUCUACCAACAGUAGUGUCUGAAGUGUGCGAUACAUUACAUCGGGUAUUCCAUGAGGAUCUUCACUUACGGAUGUCAUUAUUCGGCGCUCGAAGCAUAGCUUCACUUGUAGCCAAACGCAAAGGCCACGUUCCACCUCAAUUAAUUGGCACAUUCCUAUCCCUAAACAUCAAGGAAGUAAAAAACGAAGACAAAAAGUCAGGUAAAGGUCGAAUCUUUGCAAAAAGAGCUAUGAUCAAGAAGGAAAGAGCUAACAAGACCGCAAGAAAG